UAAAGUCUCGAGAGGCAGUUUUCAGCUCAGGUGCACUGUUUUAGUUGCACUACAAACAUGGACUGUAUAAACAUUUUGGAUGGACAAUAUCAGAUUGUGCACGUAACACCGGACUUGUAUGAUGAAACUGAAGAGCUGCUGGCGGAUGUAUCGGUGAAUCAUGAAUUGACAUGCCUGGCAGCCAAAGUGAAAGACUCGCCACUGGCCAUGGCAGAUCUCCGGGCACAAAUUCGAUAUGUCCUGUCCGGCGGCAUCUCAUUUGCCGUACGGCACGUGUCCAGUGGCAGAAUUGUGGCUGCAAUUGCAAACAUCAUCUUUCACGAAGCAAAGGAUACCAUUUAUGAGUUGACAGAGUAUAAAUGCCCGAAAAUGAUCAAAUACAUGCAGUUGUGGGAGGCGCUCGAAGCCAGCUACAACAUCUACAAAGAGUGGAAUAUGCCAGCGAUUUUUGACGUUCAAUACUUGGCCACGCAUCUCGAUUUCAGGUGUCGCGGCUUGGCAUUCCAAUUGUUCAAGCAUUCCAUGGACUUUGCGCGGCUUUUGUCGCAGGAAAAGCUGCCACUGGAGGAACACAAUUCAAAGGACAUCCCAAAGGGUGUGAUGACAAUGGCCACGUCACCGUACAGCAGGAAGUGCGGCUACAGAUUGGGCUUGGAAAUUGUCAAGACAUGGCACAUAUCAGAGAGGGAAGUCGUAGAGCUUCAAGCGAUAAAGUUUUAAUGUCAACUCUAUCUGCUAUUUGAAACAUUUGAAAAGUUUUAAUCCAUUUAGAGCUGUGCCCAACCCCUUUAAUAAAUUCUAUUUCCAUUGUUGAUAUCAA